AUUUUUUUAAUAUUUUAAUUAAAAAAAAUAAAUUAAAUAAAAAAAAUAUUCAUCGAUUUCAAAAAAACUUUUUUUUUGAAAUUUUUUCUUCUAUUUUCGAAUUUUUAUUUAAAUGACAAAAUUUAAUCAUUUAAAAAGAUAAAAAAAACCAACUUAUUAAGCGCACACUAAUGGUUUAAAUUCCAUGUAUCAUAAGAGAGAAAAAAAAACUUAAAUAAAAUUUACUUUAAGAAAAUGUGGAAUAGUAGUUUUGCUAUAUAAAUUGAUUUAUGGAUUUAGUAGCUCAAUCUGAUCACAAUUUGAUAUAUGCAUUUUGAAUCGCAUAUGUAUACCGUCACAAAAGGAAAUUUUUGAUAAGAGAAAAUGUUAUUUUUGGAAUGAUUUUUUAUUUCGUCAAAGAAAAAGGAUAAACAAUUAUUCAUAAUUACACCCUAUUUAGAUAACUAACUACCUAAAUAUAUAAACAUAUACUUAUAUUUAGUAUAUUAUUAAAGUAUAUAUAAAUUAAUUUAAUAAAAAACCAAAGAAUAUCAUGGUUGAUUUACCAGCAGUAUCAUCAACAGCUCCCGCAGAAGGUGAAAGUUCAAAAUUUAGGAAAUUAAUGUCAAGCGGUAAACCUGCAGGAAUAUUAAAAUCGAAAUUUUUAACAGUUUUGGGAAAUAGCAAUGAACUGCUUAAUAGAAUUUCUAAUAAGCUUGAAGAAACUUUAGAUUUAAGUUCUGAUUCAGAUUAUUGUGAUGAUGACGAAGAAGAAGUGCCUGAGGAUGAAUCAGUUGAUAUGGCUACAAUAGACUUUGACGCAAGACGAGUUAAGGCUAGAAGAGCUCAUGAAGAAAUAAUAUCAGGACGGUAUCGUGUUCCGAACUUAAUUCCAAGAAAAACAAAUAAUAAAAUAAUUCCUAAUGGCAAAAAUCCAAAAUCAUCUUCUAGUAGUGAUACAAGUAUUAACAACUCAAGACGAAGCAGUUCAUAUAGCAAUUCAAUUGAUUCAAAAUCAUCGAUUGAUGAAAAUUUAAUUCACGGAGAAAAUAUUCAAUGCCUCACGAGAUCUCUCAACCAAGAGGACGUAGGCCCAGGGGCUAUGAAUUUAAACGAAGCUCCUUCGAUUGAUGUUGUUGCAGCUGAACCAAUAAUUCCUUCUGUUGGAGAUGAUGAAGAUUUGGAAAUGAAGUUUGCUAAAUCAGCUGCUAUUGUGAAUGUUUUUAAUCAAAAUUCACCAGUUACAGCAGAAGAAUUUCAGAGAACUCUAAAAAAAACUUCAAAUAGUAGCACAUUAACAAGUCUUAAUGAUCCCUUACCAAUGAGCGGUAGUAUGGAAUCAUCAGAUUUAAAAAAUUGGGUACGUUCUGAUUCACUUAAUUCGGAUCCAUCCUGGGCGUCUUCAAUUAGUUUAGACGGUGAAACGGAAGAAAGUUGCAAGAAAUUUAUGAAACAAUUUGUGGAAAUAUUGUUUACUAAUAGUUCAACAAUAACGGCAGAGCUUAAAUCAGAAUUUGGCAUUCAUGCGAGAACAGAAACUGGUAGACUCUGGUUUUCAAGAUAUUUAAAUGCCCAACGUGUAAAAUCAAAAAGAGUGGAUGAGACCACAUUUUACUCGUUGGUACAAUAUUUUGCGAUUAUUCUGUUUGAAUGCCAUGAAAGCGAAGAUUAUUCACCUGCUAAGAGUCUUAUGAAUAUGUGCUUUACAUUUUAUCAUGAUAUUGAAGUUCCUGGCUGUGAACCGUAUAGAGAAUAUUUGUUCACAUAUUUGCGCCAGCAGCCAAUAUGGCAUACGUUACGUUUUUGGAAUGCUGCCUUUUUUGAUGCUUUACAGUGCGAACGAGCACAUCGUCCAGUGCCUAAAAAUAGUAAAAAUAAGAGAAAACUAAAAAAUCAAGCAAAUAAAAAAAACGAUGAUGAGAAGUUUGAUAAAAAUAAUUUAAAAAACAUUGAUGAUACAAAUAAAGAAGAAAGUGAAAACGAAAGUUCAUCUGCAUCGGAACAUAAUCAAGAUGCAAUUUUGCAAAAUGAAUACAAGGAAGAUGCAAUUUUUCAACAAAACAUAACAUUUGGGCAGCUCGGAACAUUUACUUGUAAUAUGCACGCAUUCGGUUUAAGUAGAGAUUUAUCAUUGGAGUUCUUAAGAAAACAAGCAACUAUAGCCAACUUAAGUAAAGAUCAAAUAAAAUUGAUUAGAGAUAACAUAAAUCGUAUGUACCUGGAAACUGAAAAAUGGGGUGCUUAGAAUUCUAUAUAUAAGCUGCUUAAAAUUUGUUAGUAAAAUAAAUUGAAAUAAUUUUUUUAGAAGAGAAAACUAAGGUGGAAAUGCAGAAAAUAUUGUUGAAACAUUGUUAUAUUUUAUAAAAAAAAAUAAUUAUUUUAUUUAUAACCUAGUUAGAUCAUGAUUUUGCGAUACUUUAAGAAACAUUAAAAUAAGUUUUUUUUCGCAAAUUUUUAAUGCUGAUCUAAAGAAAUUUUAAUAUUAUUUAGGUAAACCAAAAUAUGAAAUAUCUAUUUUUUCUGUUUUUCAAUAUUUUAUUUAAAUAUUUCUAUAAGGUUUCCAAAAAUAUAACUUUUAUUAUAUACAUAUUCAUAGACAUAUAAUUUUUCAAUUAUCCAAUUUAGUUAGAAAAGGUUUGUAUUUAGAAGUUAAACUGUUGGAGUGUUUUACUUUUAAAUUCGCAAUUCUAAACCUAUUAUCAUACCGUAAUAAUUAUAUGAAGAUUCUAAGAAACCUACGAGUGUAUGUAACUAGUUUCUAAACAAUUUAAAGAAGAAAUAGAGAAUAAGUUUAUGAAUAUUUGGAAUUUAUUUUGAAAACGCAAAAAUUAAAAUUUUAGGAUUCGUUUUUUGUUUCUAAGCUAGGAAUUUUUGACAACUGAUUAUUAAAUUUUAUAAAAAUAAGUAUAUGUAUAUGAAUUUUAUGCAUAUGCGUGUCCAUAAAAAUUUAUUAAUAUUGAAUUUUAGAAAUAUUUUAAUUAAUUUUAAAAUAACUACAUAUUUUGGAAAAUAUUUUGUUAGUACGCCUUUAUAGGUAUUAGUUUUUAUAAAGGAAACAGAAAAAUUGCGCAUUUGGGAUUGAGAUUUAAAAAAGGUAUGUGAAAUUUUCUUUUAGCAAAAUGAGUUUGUAUAUAGAAUAGGUUUUUAAAUUUAGUUAGAUUAGUAAAUUUAAUAAUAAAAAAGAAGAAAAGAGAACUUUAUUAUUUUCGUAAUUGUUUUUGUAAAAAAGUUUAUUGUAAAUAUUAUUUAUUUAUAACAUUGCAAAGCGAUUUUUCAGGCUACGUUUUGACGUAACAUUAAGUUCUAGGUAUGCCAAAAAUAUCAUAUGCUACAAAUAUACAUAUUUCUGUAAUAGUUAAGCUUUACUAAAAUUUACUUUUACUGUAAAUAAAAAUAAGGAGUUCUUGCAUUAAAUGCUUUAAAAUUAUCAAAAAAUAUGGAAAAAAAAUAUGUAAGACAAAUGAAUAUUUGUAAAGUUUAAGUGGGUACUAUUCCCAAACUUACUUUUCGUUUGUUUUAGAAUUAUCAUGCUUCUUACAAAAUUUAAAUUAAUGAAGGUGAAGUGAAUUCAGUCCCUAGACGGCGCAACAGGUACUCGCUUAAGUCCACUUCUUUAAUUCAUUUUAAUAUGAAAAUGGUUUAAUUUAAUCCAAAAACGCUUUAUGUAUAAUACCAUUUUAUAUUUUUCGAAUAUUUAAUAAUUCAGGUUGAUAUUUUUAUUCUUUCACUUGCAAACCAGUUAAAAAUGGUAGAUUUUACAUAUUUUUUACUAAUAAAUUGCUAAAUACAGUAUAAUAUAAUUUAAAAUAAACUGCAAUUUGCAAUAAAUGAAUAACAACAUUUAGAAUGUUAUAUUUUUUUCCCCAAAUUUUUUUAACAGAAAUCAAAUUACCUACGUUCAAUAAAUAGGUUUCCUAAAAUAGUCAGAUACAUUAUAUACCUACAUCAGGAGCAUAUACAUACAAAAACAAACUACGUAUAUCAAUUUUUUUCAAAAAUGGAAUAUUGUAUAACAAAAAAUAGAAAAAAACAAAUUAAAUAAAAAUACACAUAUAAUACAAAAAUUUCAAAAUUUAAAAAAUAAACAAAAAAAAUAAACGUUUUUAAUGCUUUUAACUUCGAUUAUUAACAUGUGUAUGUACAUAUAAUAAGAAAGUUGAAAAAAUUCAAUUUUAUAUUCAUCGAAAUUAAAAAAUUUUCAAAUUCUUAAUUAAUUAUUAAUUAGUAAUUAAAAUAAUAAAAAAACAAAUUUGCUUUAAUAUUUAACAAAACUGUUAUUGUGAUAAGAUAAAUAAAAAAAAUUGUGUGAUUUUUAAGAAAAGAAACAAA